GAGAGAGAGAGAGAAAGAGAGAGAGAGAGAGAGAGAGAGAGACUUGCUUGUCCUGUCGAGGUCUCUCAUGUCACAGCUCUGCCCCCGGGGGCCUGACCUCUGCCGUGCCGACUGCAAACCAACCUGGAGAACCUCACACGGUAGAGGAGGGGAGCGCAUGUUGGAAAACAUUUAACCUGCAAACCUGUAUCAAGAAGGAAUAGGUGGACGAUGGAUUAAUUAUUUUUGAGAACGGGAAGUAAAAGAACGUCUAUGUUUGGUGAUAGUGUUUUUUUGCAGGAAGGAGGCACGGGAAAAAGGAAAGGGGAGGAGUGGCAGUGAACACAGAAAGGAGAGGAGCACACACGCAUGCGGGCAAACAAGAGGAGUAGAGGAGCUGAGAGAUGCUGCGGGGAAAUAGAUGAGUAUGAGAACUCCGGUGAGGGCUGAAGCAGAUUCCAAUAAGAUCAACUCCCUGUGAAGUGAUGAGUACUCAGACCACAGAGGGCCCCAACACUGAUGUGAUGGUGGUCUCCAAGGAGAUGGCAUUGCUUAGCAACAUACUGGCAGCUUACACCUUCAUCACAGACCAACCCGAAAGGACGGCGCUGGUGUUUCUGGGUGGAGUGUCUGUCGGUCUCCUUGUCACGCUCUGUGCCGUCGUCUUCCAGAUACACUGUCGCGCCGACUGUCACUAUGGCAACAGUAAACACCCUCGCCAUCGCCAUCACCACCGCCACAGGCGUCAUCAUCACCAUCAUGUCUGUCAGCACCGCCAGCAACACGUCGACACCAACCCGGAUAACAUGGCCGUCGUCGCCUCGGAGGUCGCCAGGCCGGCCGGGGACAGCGAAUCGGAGGACUGGGAUGAGACAACGGACAUGUCAUCACGAAGGCGCAGACGCUUUGAGAGGGCCUUGCUGCACGCCAGCAUGUUUACAUCAGCUGAGGAGCUGGACCGGGCCCAGCGGCUAGAGGAGCGGGAAAGGAUCCUGAGAGAAAUCUGGUUGAACGGACAGCCAGAUAUCAGCACAGUCACUCAGAGCCUCAACAGAUAUUACUGACUAAUGAUGAAACACGCUGAAGGAUGAAUGGAAGGAAGGAUGGAGGACUUAAACCAGGGGUCUUCAAUCCUCUGUCCUAAAUGUUUUGCACCUCUUCCUGCUGCAACAUUCCACAACAGCAUUGAAGACCGCUGACUUAAAGGAAAGAUACACAAAGCAACAGAGGAUGCGUGAAAAUGUGUGUCCACGAAUGGACAAAGUGGCUGUCAUGAUUUGUCUACACAUUUGCUCACUAACAUAUUGUUCAGUUUCAAACACAAUUUAAAUGGUGCUUUUGUAUACAUAAGGAAUGUGAAUCUGUCUGUUUAUGGGACACACAUGCUUUGCAUUCCAUCUUUUUGAUGCUUCGGAAGCUGGAAAUAACGGAAAAAGAAAAAGGUAAGAAUGGACAUGAUGGUUUGAUUUUGGUGCUUUUACUGUUGUUGUGUCGCAUUCCUUAAAUAAAGUGGAUGCAUAUAGAAUGAAAGUGAGUGAGUCUGUCACUUGUACACAUGUGUUGCAGCAAAGAUGUUUCACCCUUUCAUUGAUAGGAUUCCCUCUGCCUCACUGUCUGGGGCCAAUACGUGGAAAUAUCACUAUGAGCCCAACCAAUUCAUUCAUUCAA